UAAAAAGGCGUACUACGAGAGAGCCAUACACACGACGCCAGAGACAGCUACAGCAGACUUUCUUUUGUGUGGCUCCAUCAUGUGGCAUCAGAACGCUCACCGUCAUCACCGCUCCGUCAUCAUGCUCCUGGGCAUCCUCAUUGGCAUGGCGCCUGCCAUCAUGGUGGUCUCGGCUAACCCUGUUGCGGCGCUGCCGGUCCUAGAAAAAGCAGAGAAUCACGUCAGUGAACUGUCGAAGAUCGUAGUGGACUUGAAGAAAAGCCUUCGCCCUCGAGAUUGCGGAGACCUGCUAAAGGCUGGACAAGUAAACAACGGAGUUUACGUCAUAUUUCCGACCUCGGAUUCCAAGGGAACAUCGGUCUAUUGCGAUAUGAACACCGACGGUGGAGGUUGGACUGUUAUUCAGAAUAGAGGCCAGUAUGGGAACAGUGUCUACUACUUCUACCGAAACUGGACGGAGUAUGCAAAUGGAUUUGGAAGCAGGGAUAAGGAAUAUUGGAUUGGAAACGACGUGCUGCACACACUUACUUCUCAAGACAGAGGAUUCACUUUACGAAUUGAACUGAAAAACGAGACAGGAGAAAGUCUCGUUGCGAACUACAAAAUCUUCAAAGUCGCGUCUCAGGCCGACCGCUACAAAAUGACGGUUGGCGGCUAUUCCGGACCACCAGGUUCGGACUCGUUCAGCUACACGAACGGAAUCAACUUUAGCACCUUCGACAGCGACAACGAUAAUCACAGUAGCAACUGUGCCACGACCUACAAAGGCGGUUGGUGGUACGCCGCCUGCCACAGCAGCAACCUCAAUGGCCUUAACUUGAACGGGCCACACACGAGCUUCGCUGACGGCAUCGAGUGGUCCAGGCGGAACCACGUCGGAGGCUUGCAUCAUUACUCCUACCCCGAAGCGCGGAUGAUGAUCCGGGAAGCCAACCCUAUGCCCGAAGCAGUUUGACCGAGUCGGCAUCACCUUCCAUGAAAAACUGGGCAAAUCGGUAUGAAAUAACGUUUGCUGUAUUGACAGUACUCAAGAAUAAAUUGACCUCUAUCUAAAAUGGAGCGCAACCCGCGCCGUUUAGGCGACUGGUGGCGCUU